AUGGAUCAAAAGAAAUCUAACAAAAUAAGAGAAAUUGUUAGACUUCAACAGAUCCUUAAGAAAUGGCGAAGAAUCGCAAACUCGUCAAAAACCACAAACAACAGCCUCACUAGAAGCAAAAGCAUGAAGUUUCUGAAAAGAACACUUUCUCUAUCAGAACGUGAAGGAGCAACAACAACAACAACAACAACAUGGUCAAACAACGGUUCUGUUCCAAAAGGUUAUUUAGCAGUUUGUGUUGGAGAAGAGCUCAAGAGGUUCAUCAUACCAACUGAGUAUUUGAGUCAUCAAGGUUUUAUGAUUCUGUUGAGAGAAGCUGAAGAAGAAUUUGGGUUUCAACAAAGUGGUGUUUUGAGAUUUCCAUGUGAAGUUUGUGUGUUUGAGAGUGUUGUGAAGAUGGUUGAAGAUGGAAAGAAUAACGAGAAAUUGUGUAAUCAAGAAUGUAGAUCGGUAAGCAUUGAAGAAAUGAUGGGUUAUUGUUCUUUGGAAAAUCAACUUGCUUGUUCUCAUCAUCCUCAAAGUCCAUUGUGUAGAUAG